AUGCUGACUAUCAGUCAUAAUACUGCAACAGGUUAUAAUGACUACCCUAUGUUAUAUUCUACAGCUGAUUUAUGUCAAGAUGACUUUUUCAAAAAAAAUAUCAAAAGCACUUAUGGAACCCGUCCGUCCUCUACGGCAAAAUAUUCUCGGGCAAGCGUUGAAAGCCGAGGAACGUCACCCGGUUUUCACAAGAUCAGUACGGCAGGAAGACCAGCUACAGGGUCACUUUCACGGCCAAUGACAUCAGUCAGAGGUGCUGGUUACACCAGUGCCUCUCGACGUAGUGCCGACAGCAACGCUUCGUUCGAGUUUGAACAGGAAGAAACGCCAGAGCGGAAAAUCAAAAAAUACAAAAGAAAAAUCAUGGCUCUGCUAGAAGAAUCUGCGAUGGCAGCAUACGUGAAAAAUAUAAAGAUUGCCUUGAAAAGAGCCAAAGAAGCUGUGUCGCUGAAGCGCUCUCUUAUUGUUUUUGAAGAUAGUGCUGAGUUGAGCGACAAUCACAAUAUGCGUUUAACUUUUGCAGUCAUUUAUAAUUUAGCGCAACAGUACGAAGCACAAAAAUUGUAUCGUGAAGCAAUAAUAGAAUACAGGAAAAUUAUCGACAAUAAAAUUUUCGGUGAAACUGCUAGAUUGAAAGUCAAUAUUGGUAAUAUCUACGUUAAAAUGGGAAAUUUGACGGAAGCGAAGAAAAUGUACCAGAUGGCUCUUGAUCAAACGCCUUUGACUUACAAAUAUACUAGGAGAAAGAUAGUGUACAAUAUUGGCAUUCUUUUAGUGCAGACAGGAAAAUUGGAUGAAGCAGCACAGAAGUUCGAGUGGGUAAUGAGAGAGAAGCCUGAUCUUGAAUCGGGAAUGCAGCUUAUUUUGUGUUAUUUUGCCCUAUCACGCGUAGACGGGAUGAAAAGGGGUUUUCUUGAAUUACUUGAUGUUCCAUUUCCUAUCAACAUUGACAGUGAAUACAGUAUCAUGACGGACGAUAUCACAAUAAAUAUUUUUAAUGAUACUAUAAAAAAUGAUGAAUUAUCGAAAUUCGAACGAGAGUUGAAAAUCAAGGCUGAAAAAACUAUCCUGAGCACUGCUAAUCUGAUAGCUCCUGUCAUUGAAGAAACCCUCGCACAAGGAUAUGCAUGGUGCGCGCAAGCUAUAAAAUCUUCUGCGUAUACUUCGUUAGCAGUCAACUUAGAAAUUAACAAAGCCAUGAUCCAUCUCCACAAUGGUCAAGUACAGACUGCGAUAACAGCACUACAGAAUUUUGAACAUGAAGAUAUGAAUAGCAAUAGUUCUGCAUCUAUCGUACUAUCAUUUAUAAACUUUCUGCGUGAAGAUUAUAUUGCAGCAGAAAAAUAUUCUGAAAUUGCUAAAAGUGUGGAUAAAUCGAAUCCUGCUGCUUAUGUUAAUUUAGCAGCUUGUGCCAUAGCGAAAAAUGAAUUAAUACGCGCGGAGAAUCUUCUACUGAGUGCAUUAAAACGCGAUCCAAAUCAUGUUCAGGGCUUGUAUAAUUUAGGUCUUGUUUACAAGAAAAAAGACAUGCUUGACGAAGCUUUUAAGUGCUUUUCCAAAGUGACUCGAAUAACACAAAACGAUCCUCUGACAAUUUAUCAAUUGGGCCAUAUAUGUCAACUUCAUGGUGACGUUGAGCAAGCAGAUAAAAGGUACAAUCAACUAAUCGCUUUAAAACUAAUUGAUCCUGGUGUAUUAAAGAAAUUAGGAGAAAUGUAUGAUAAUAUAUCUGACAAGCAACAAGCUUAUUAUUAUUAUUCUGAGUCUUACAGAGCUUAUCCAGCAAAUUUCGAAGUUAUAUAUUGGCUUCGCUCUCAUUGUAUGUCAACAAAGAAUUUCAGCGGAGCACUAGAAUACUCCUUGAAAGGGGUAGAUCUGACUCUUGGUCAACCUGAAUGGCGAUUAUUGUUUGCAGAUUGUUUGAAGAAAUCAGGAGAAAUUAAUGAAGCUUUGGCGGAAUAUCGUGACAUAAAUAAAAUGUUUCCCAAUAAUAUAAACUGCUUGAAAUCUUUAUGUGAGCUAGAGCGAAGUUUAGGCUCGAAAGAUGCCAAAAAGUAUUCUACUGAACUGAAAAGAUUGUUGCAACUACACAGUAAUGGAGCUGGAAUGAAAAUGAGCAAAACAAGUAAAAUCGGUUUAAGUAGGAGUAAUAGUAUAGUAUCAUCAGUAUCGAGAUUAAGUACAGCAUCUGGAAAAAAAACAAGUCCGGUUUUUUGUAAUGAAGAGAAUUAUUUCAGUUAUGGCGUUUCUCGGCCAAAUUCUUCUCAUUUCACAAUAGGACCAAAGUAUUAUGAUAAAAAUUAUACUGAUUCAUUUGAAGCAUUACUGACAAGGCCAAUGAUAUCAAUAGGAAGAAGAGAUGAUAAUUUUGGAGAUGAUGAAUUGGGAGAUGAUCUGUUACCUCAAUAAGCCAGAACAUUUUUUAAAAUUAUUUUUUAAUCCUAUCCAUGAAAGUACAAUAAUAUAUAAUUUCUACAACUAUUUUGUAUGAUUUAUAUGUGAUAAUUUACUUAGAAAAGUUUUAAUAAUCUAACAUAAUGCCUUGACUUUUGCUUAUUUUUCAAAUUUUCAA